AUGGGAUCAGCAGCUUCACUUUACAGACAACUUUUGAUUUAUAUUAGUUUUUUUGAUGAGCCUAUAAGGUUGUAUUUGAGGGGUUACGUUAAAAUGAGAUUUAUGGUUAAUCGGAAUUUAAAAGAUCCAGCACGUAUUAAGAAGGCAUUUCGAGAUGGUAAAAUGGGAUUGAUAAGUUUAAAGAAAGCGACAUUUGGGGAUCUUAAAAGCUUAGAGAAGAUACUAGAUUGGACAUAUGGACGACGGGGUAGACGGAAGCAUGAACUUUUACGUCCUUUUUUGGCGCCUUUGAGAAAAGGAAUUGCGGCUAUUCCGGGUCUUCCGCGUACAAAAUUUCCAGUUUUAUCUCCUGAAUUUCGAGCACUUGUUCAAUCACAGAUUCCAGAUUGGUUAUCGCGUUUAGAAAUGAAUAAAUCUACUGAAAAUAAAAUACUAAAUAGGAAGCGUCAAGCAAAUAUUCGUUGGAAAUGUUUUUCAUUUAUUUAUCGAAAAAUUCUUCCACCAUUGCCUUUGCAAGAGAUUCAGAAAUUAGAACAAUUUUCUAGAGGUGAAAAAAUUGGACUAACUCCCUUUUUCUUUCGGAAACAGCGUUCACCGAUGCCUCGUUCUACUGAUGCGCAUUAUAUGACACUUAGAUUUCGAAGAAGAAUCUAUCAAAGACUACUUAUGAAAUGUCCGAGACUUGUUUACCGUAUGAAUCAUGGAUGGACUAUUGAAUGGUCAAAGGAAGCACCAAUUAAAAAUAUGAGAGCAAAUUUAAUUCAUCAAGAUAUGUUUUCUGAUAAGAAAAUAUGA